AGCAUCAACCGCGCGGUUUAGUAGCAUUCGCUUUUCGGACUUUGCAGGUUUUAGUUGAUCGUCUUCCAUCGCUCCGAUCAGUCGUCGUCAGUGCCGCGUUAGUUGGUUCGUGCUUGCGUUCACAAGUCGAAGACCUCGAGCCAUUCUCGCAUCUAGCACCGGUGCGUGUGCUUUUGGCAUUUUAUCCGUCCUUUUCGACUGUGAGAAGGCGAUCAGGUGACAAGCAUUCUUUCACAAAGCGAUCAACAUCUUCAAGCGGAGCUUAAAACAGGAUACAGUGGCAAUACUGCGUGCCUGCUUUGUGGGCGUUCGUGCUCCUGUUUGCCUUGCCAACAUUAGCCUGACGGAACGAUCGAAUUAGACUGCAUUUGUGACGGAGCACAACGAUUUUUACCCAAUUUCGGAUCAGUCUCAGCCUGCUGGUGAACUAGCGCUUUAGCGAUAGUAAAAACCGACGCUUAAGAAAGCAAACAAACCGAUCAACUCGAAAGUGUAAACGGUUGGCGCUUCGUACGGAUCAACCGCACAGUGUAUCCUGAACGGGGAUCUAUUUUCGGCUAGCUCGGAACAAUUUUAAAGUGAUCGUACUUGUUUUUCUGUUGUGUUUAGACUGUUUUUUGGCAUACGAGUUUGUGUCACUGUCCGUAUCACAGUGCGUCAGUGUCAAUGUCGGUGACGAUUCAAACGAGGACUAUUUCUUGUCACUUGACCAACGCCACCAAAACUACCACCAGCAGCCUCUUUCUCGGCGGCACCAGUCACGCUUCGAACGUGACACAGCUCGUGAGCGCAUUUCUAGCAACGAUUGUUUAAAUCAAAUAUUUAUUCCUCUGCGCUGAGGGGAAAGAGCAAAGAAGCAACAAAAGAAGAAAAAAAAGAUCAACCAAACCACGCACCCGGAUCCAUCUAACAGGCGUCUAAUAUUUUUUAUGAGGAAAAAAUACAGGCAAAAAAGUAAUUUAAAACAUCCGCCAAACGGAAAGCGUAAAGUCGUGCAGUGAAGUGUAUCGAAUAUUUUACCGUAUGUGCGAGUGGUAGUGAUAGCAAUUUUACUACAAAGUAGCAACAGUAGCAGCAGUAGCGAGAGCAGCAGAUUGCAAGGCAGCUUUUUUUAUUUUAAAUUAGUAGUUCAACUUUGCUUUGACACUCGACGACCGCCAAAAUUGUUGAGGAGCCUCCAAGCGUGUUGGUGCACCACACUCUCCCUCGACGCAUUGUAUCAUCGCAAGUAACUGAAGCGCAACCAAGAAGACAACCAGCCCUUUAACGAUGACGGUUGAUAAAGGCCACACCAAUACCGCGUUCGUCGGUGACGAAGCAAUCAAUGGUAAGAAACCAACCCAGGCGAAGACUAUCGAUCCCAACAUGUACACGUUGGAGAUCCAGGAGAAGAAACCCGGACUAGAGACGGAGUAUGAUCCGUACCAGCAUCGACACGUUGAGCAUCCGACGACAAACAAUGAGACGCUGAUUCAUCUGCUGAAGGGUUCGCUCGGUACUGGCAUCCUUGCCAUGCCGAACGCCUUCCAUCAUGCCGGCUGGACAGUUGGUGUGGUCGGUACGUUGCUGAUUGGGUUACUCUGUACCUACUGUAUACACUUGCUGAUUAAAGCGGAGCACGAGUUGUGCAAGCGGAAACGAGUACCGAGCCUGAACUAUCCGGCCGUUACCCAAACUGCACUACUCGAAGGACCGGAAGCGCUAAAACCUUUAUCCAAAGUUAUCAUCCACAUAGUCAACGUGUUCCUGCUCAUCUACCAGCUCGGUACUUGUUGCGUGUACGUUGUGUUUGUGUCGUCUAACAUUAAGGCCAUUGCUGACUACUACACCGAGACAGACACUGAUGUGCGGUUGUACAUGCUGAUCAUUCUCUUACCGCUCAUUCUGAUCAACUGGGUUAGGAAUCUGAAAUUCUUGGCACCAUUCUCGACGAUAGCUAAUUUUGUCACGCUCGUCUCGUUCGGCAUCAUCCUGUACUACAUCUUCCGCGAGCCUAUCUCGUUCGAGAAUCGCGACAAAGUCGGCACAAUGAGCGGUUUCGCGCUCUUCUUCGGCACUGUGCUAUUUGCUUUGGAAGCUAUCGGUGUGAUACUGCCAUUGGAAAAUGAGAUGAAAACUCCGAAAAAGUUCGGCGGUAACUUCGGUGUGCUGAACAAGGCCAUGAUCCUGAUCGUCACUUUGUACGUUGGUAUGGGCUUUUUCGGAUAUUUGAACUAUGGCUCAGCUAUAAAGGGAUCGAUUACGCUAAAUCUGCCUGAGGAAGAAAUUUUGGCACAGUGCGUGAAGGGAAUGUUAGCCUUUGCCAUCUACAUCACCCACGGACUGGCGUGUUACGUCGCGAUAGAUAUUACCUGGAACGACUACUUGAAGAAGAACUUGGGUGAUUCUCCACGAAGCGUCUUUUAUGAGUACAUCGCACGAACUGUGCUAGUGUUAAUCACAUUCCUGUUAGCCGUGGCCAUUCCCAACCUGGAACUCUUCAUUUCCCUGUUCGGAGCCCUGUGCCUUUCGGCCCUGGGCAUUGCAUUCCCUGCGUUGAUUCAAACCUGCACGUACUGGCAUCAUCGGCAGGGUAUGGCGAAGGUGUGGAUGGUUGCGAAGAACAGCGUUAUUGGUGUGGUAGCCAUACUGGGGCUAGUGAUCGGAACGUCGACCAGCAUGAUCGAAAUCAUUCACACCUUCGGGCACGACGAUUGAGGCUUGCGCUGGCUGUGUGCGUUACCAAUCAACAAGCAGCAAAAAUCAACAUCCGCAACUAAUAUGAAGUAUUGAUUCGCCAUCUUUUCACUCCAUCAUUACAAAUAAGUAUUAUUCGACACGUAAACAGCGCACCUGGCGACAGAGAGAAAGUGCACUUUUGAGGGAGGACAAUGUCUGUGUGUGUGAGGAGAAUGUGUGGGAGAGAGAAAGAGACAGGGUGAAACAUUUGGAAAGAAAGGGAAGAAGAUAAUUGAUAAAGCCAUAACCAUUCCUAUGCGAAAUGCGUUGAGAAGUCAAAGCGUUAGGUGUAGCUGUCGAACUACUACCAUGCUGCUCCUGAUCUCCUGAUCUUGAUGUGAAGGGUGAUGCCUACCGGCCUGCCCAUCCAUUCACCGUCAGCUGUUCAAUCAUUUCUGUCAUAUGUGCUUUUGUUUUAAGGUGUUCUUGCACAUUCAUUCGAUGUUCCCUAUGAUCGCAACGAUCGCAACUGUGAAGCGGUGGUUAAAGCACAUGAAGCCCACCAGGACGAACAUAUCUAUCUUGUAAGACUAGCUAAGCUAAGCGAAAUAAUGAAACGGAAAUUUGAAAAGUUGUGUACAUAGCGUAAGUGAAGCUGCAAUAAACUAGUAUUUUAAAGAAACACAAGAAA